AUGGCUCUUGCCCUCGCUCAGACGGAUUCACAUUACUGGCCGGCUAUCAAGCCAGUGUAUGAUUUCUUGAGAGAAACCGACACGCUCUCAUUCGAAGCUUGGGUAUCCUUCAUGUCAGCGUUCAGUGGACAUAUCAUGCCCUCAACUUUUAAGAUCUCCGCCUACGAGUUGCCAGGGAGGCCUCUUCCUGGACUUGAAUCCAUCGGUACACGCCUAAGCGCUCUGACAUUCGAUACACUGACGUACCUCCACUUCUCUACUGAGGCUAUUAAAUUGCUAUCUCUGAACCGCGAUAUUUUGAAGUUCACGAACUUGUCUGUCCUUGUGCUUGAACAGGCUCAUGAUAGCGACGAACUCCUUUGGAACACAUACGGUGGUGAUUCUGGAGAACGGCCAGUAUCGACAGAUAGACUAUUUCAUUUCUGGAGUCGCGCUGUGCACGAAGCUCAUGCCUUUUUCAAGCUGAAAGUAUUGGUUUUGAGGGGGUUCGUUGUGAGGCCUGAACAUCUUGCCGGCCCACUAGCGUUCCCCGCGUUAGCCCUGUGUAGUACCAAUUCUGUCUGCCUCCUCAGAAGUCUCCGUACUUCUAAGCGAAAUGGAGAUGUAUACGAUGAUGGUAUCUGGCGAUGUCUUCAUAUAGACAGUGAUGAUGGCCACAAUAGUGCAGUUGCACUUGGUCACGACUUGGACUAUGAGUUCAAGAGAGAAGAUCUUACAAAACAUCAAAAGAUGCAAAUACUCUACGACUUUGCAAUCUCACGAGCUCCCACGGAUAGAGUCGCCGAUAAGCCUGUGAUAUCGAUCGCUCAUGGCAACCCAAAGCUGUACAACCCAGAGUUCACAAAGGAUUGUGUCUGGUUCACUCGUGUUGGGUGGGAAUCAGCACCGAACAUCCAUGAUCAGAAAAGUGUCAUUGAUAAGAACAAAGACGAAGCUUCCCGCGAUGGGUCGAACAAGAGGAGGAAGAUGAGGGGAGGCAAACAACAGGAUAUCGGUUCACUGCUUGAAUCUUUCAGUGCGUAA